CUCGCAGUCUCCCUGAGGCGAUCGAGGAGGGCAGUGGGGAUAGAGCACCAUGGGUGACAGAGACGAGGAGUUCAUGAGUGCAGAGGACAAGCUGGCGGCCGAGAAGAAGAGGGUGGCCAAAAUGAAGAGGGAGGCCGUGCGUAGCUACUGGGAUGCGGUGGCGAAAGAUGACCGGAAGCUCAGCAAGUUCUCUCUUGGCUGCCUGGAGAGCAGAGUAUUCUCUUGGUCCAUCGAAGAUAUCUUCAACAGGGACCUCCUCAGGCAGCAGGUCAAAAGCAUACCGGAUACCUUCACGUCAUUGCACACUUAUUUGAACUCGUUCAAAUGCCCUCUGAUUGAAGAAGUACAUGCUGAUGUCUUUUCAUCAUUGGACGGUUAUGCUCAGGCAAACUUUAUAGAAAUAAUGUGGGUGGAGAAACUUGAUGAUGAGAAAUCAAUAUUCUGUUUUGAGGUUUCCGAGCCAUCAAAGAAUCCGAAGUCGAGGGAGACAUACGAUCCCAAAGAAGGGGACAUCAUGGUUGUGUCCUUGCAGAAACCACAACAUGUGUCUGAUUUGACACAAAAUAAGGGAUCAUAUGUUUUAGGUUCAGUUCUAAAAUGUGGAGACAAAGAAGACGGAGACAUCCCACCCAAUUGUUGUAUUGUUCGGUUUUCAUCCACUAUUCCUGUUGAAGUAGAUCCAGAAACAAAAAUUCCUACGGGGCCAUCAUUUGCUGUGUUUCUCAUAAAUAUGAAGACAUACAACCGUAUAUGGGGUUGCCUUUAUGCGGAAGGAGAGCAUCAGAACGGAAACAGUAGUACUGGCAUCGUCGAUCUGGUGUGGCGAUACAAGCAAAGGGUAGGCCAGUUGUUUAAUAUGCAAAAAUAAGUUUAGGUCCUUUUUGAUACCUUAUUCUACCUGAUAUCAACUUUUAUAUGUAUUAAAAGUUAGUACUUGCUACAUGGAUAGGCACGAGCUCUUACUUUCUGGUUAUGCUUUGGCAACCGUGGCUCCAUGCAAAAUUCUCUGCAUUAACAUUAAUUUGCUAAUGCUUACAGUUCAUAUCACAUUGAACCUGACAGUGAUAGUAACCAUGUCCUCUGAAUGUAAAUGAGACAACUCCCAUACCUUAUUUCACAAUGAAAUGUUUUUAUACUCAU